AACUCAGGGGUUGAUCCCAUUUGAGUCUUUAUUCUCCUCUUUCCAUUUACAAAAAGACUUGUAAACCUCCCUCUCUCUUUGUCUCCCCCUCUUUUUAGCUGUACAUACAAAUAUGGCGACAGAUGCAUCCUCUUUGAAACUCUUUGGCAUAAACCUUCUUGAAACAACCUCGGAUCCAGAUCAAUCGCCCGAACCAAGAUCCGGACCUGAACCCGAAUCACGGAAGUACGAGUGUCAAUACUGUUGCAGGGAGUUUGCGAAUUCUCAAGCUCUUGGUGGUCACCAAAACGCUCACAAGAAAGAGCGUCAGCUUCUUAAACGUGCACAGAUGCUAGCCUCUCGUGGUAUGCCACGUCACAACAACUAUCACCCUCACAUGAAUCCGCUUCUCUCCGCCUUCGCGCCUCCGCAUAUGAUGCUCUCUCCUUCCUCGACUUCUAAGUGGCUCUAUGGUGAGCACGUGUCCUCACAAAAGGCCGUUGGCCCCAUGUAUUUUUACGGUGGAUCCGAAAGAAGGGGGGUUUACGGCGGUGGGAUGGAGACUAUGGCCGGAGAAGUUAGGGCUCACGGUGGAUCUUUGCCGGAGAUGAGGAGGUUUACCGGAGAGAACGAUCGUAUUAGCGAAGUCAAGUUAGAUAAUGGUUCCACACAGAAUGUGAUCUAUGUGUAUGCUCUUUUGGUUUGGAUCAUUUUAUUUAACCUGGACUGGUGGUCGGAGAAGGUUAAGCCAACAUAUCCUGAUCGAGAUAAAAACUGGGUUUAUUUGUAAUUAAACUACUAGAUCUUGACCCGCCCAACCGGGCGGGUAUUUAUUUUAUGUUUUUAGUUUUUUAUUUAUAAAUGAUAUAUUUGUAAUAUUUAAACAUAAAUUUAGAUUGAAAAUUAAUAUUUGUAGUUAUAAUAAAAAUUAAAAGUUUUAAAAAAUAUUCUGAUAUAAA